AUGACGAGAUUCCCGGAUAGGGAGCUCAUCUCGAGGAUGACGCGGACGUGCUCCACGCUAUACCGCGGAGGGGCAAUUUAUCUUCUCAAGGACGACGUCGCCUUGCAAACAGAGGAGCAACUCCUCUCCUUCUGUCUCUUCAUCGCCGUGGACGAGCGAACGCGUCUUCAUCAUCUGAGAACACUCACUUUGUUGUGCGACCCUCUUCCUCAGGAUGUCACUGAGGGGCUCGUGCAUAUCUUCAAGCGCGUGGCGCAUCUCGAGAGUCUUCUGCUCCUCACCGAGGGAGACGGAUUCCUCCGUUCUCACACCGACCUCCUUGACGCAAUCUCUGGUGUCGAAUCCCUCCGCCAUCUCCAUAUCAACUCCGUUGGGAGGCUUGCUCGUGAUCUGCUGAAGAAGUCGCGCUCCAACCUCGUCUCGCUCGAAAUCCUUUUCGGCAUCAUGUCGAUACAUCCUGUGUCCGUCCUCGCCGCCAUCGCGCCUACCCUGGAGGAGCUGAUCGUAUACUAUGAUCGCACCGUACGGCACCCUCUUCAUCCACCUGCUGUAUACCCGAAGUUGCCGAAGUUUGUUCUCAAGACUGACUACCCUAUCCUACGCCCUAAUAUCAAUGCUUUCCCAAAUAUUGCCCAGAUCACACAUAAGACUUGCCAUGGCACACAUUGA